GCCUGCAGCUUACCUCUACACUACCACCUCCUUGUCUUCUACUCUCCGUCUUUUCGCCGGUCCUUACUAGAGGGAACACGUAUCACAGCCGGAAACUGCUCUAUGUCCUCCCCAAAACAUACAGAUGACGCCUUUACUCACGAACUUGCGAUCAAACUCUCUCGUGCACUGAAUCUGGUUAACCCGAAUGAUCUACUUGCGAGAAGGGUACAAGAUAUCGCAAAGAAUAACACCUUAGACAGCUUUACUGUUGCUGCAAAGUCUUUCGGCAAGUUCAAAGAUUCGUUUCUAGCUGAGAUUCAUUCCGAGAUCUCGUCGCAUGUCAAGCAGGAGGAAUCAGGACUUUCCCCUCAACCAGUACAUGGGAUAGUUGUGCAUGACAGUGAGGUUCUUCCGCCGGAGCCCGUCCGUGCUGGUGGCCUUGUACGGGACGAUGCGCAACAUAGGUUUCGCAAACCCGCCAUACCACUAGAACCUCCCACCCCUCGAACAUCACUGCUUGGACUUGACAAACUAGCACUAGAGAAGCGUACAGCCGCAGCUGCAAACGGUGAGGGCAGCAGGAAGAAGCCAAGGUUGGAAGAAGAUGGGUCAGAGCCAAUGUUCAAAGUGCCAACUUUGCCUGCUGCAAGAGCGAGUAACAUCCGACAGCGAGGCAACGAGACGCCGUCACAUCCUGGUGGUCUUUCUGAAGUUGCUAGAAAGAAACUCGAGGAGCACAGACGUAGCCGAGAGAAACAACGAGAGGGUAUUGCUGCACAGCACCAGCGACGUGAUGAUGCCCCACGAGGUCUCGGUGAUUUUCAACGACGAUCGAACCGUGACCAAGCGGCUUACCGAAGAGACCAUAGGGAUAGACACGACAGGAGAGGUUGGGACGCCACUCCCCGGUCAGAGCGUGGUUCUCGAGAAGAUGCUCCCAGUGUCCGUGUCCCCAAUGUGGGAUGGGAGUCUACCCCUCGUAGGUUGGAAGAUGGCCCUGGCUGGGGUCCAUCUCGAGUUCGCAGAUGGGACGCACCGACUCCAAGGACAUCGAGACGUGGUACCCCAGGUUCCGACGAUGAAGCUCCCAUCAAUCUCAAUGUGAGAGAGUGGGAGGAAGAACAGAUCCGUUUGGAUCGAGACUGGUAUAACGAUGCGGAGGAAACUGGGAUUGCAGGUGACGAAGAUUUCAAUCCCCUUGCUCAAUACGAGGACCUCGGUGCAGCGAGGCAAGCGGAGCUGGCGACAAGACAGAUGAAGAAGAUAUCUGCAAGGCAAGCGCAAUAUAACGCGGAUAACGAUCUUUGGGAAGCCAACCGAAUGCUCACGUCCGGUGUUGCCACUCGCAAGGCGAUUGACCUGGAGUUUGAGGAUGAAUCCGAGUCGACUGUACAUGUUAUGGUUCAUGACCUCAAACCACCUUUUCUUGACGGACGCACAGUCUUCACCAAGCAACUCGAACCCAUCAACCCCGUUCGUGACCCAACGAGUGAUAUGGCUAUAUUUGCUCGCAAGGGCAGUGCCCUUGUCAAGGAAAAGCGUGAGCAAAGCGAGCGAGCAAAGGCCGCUGCGAAGCUUGCUGCGUUGGGUGGCACCCAACUGGGAAACAUUAUGGGAGUUAAAGAUGAAGACGCUGCUGCUGAAGCUGAGGCAGAGGCUAAGAUGAAAGGUGGAGAAAAGGAGGAUUACAAGGGUGAUUCGAAGUUUGCUUCUCACUUGAAGUCUUCUUCCGGUGUUAGCGCUUUCGCCAGGAACCGUACAUUGAAGGAGCAACGAGAGUACUUGCCAGCAUUCGCUUGUAGGGAAGAGUUGCUGAAGGUCAUCCGAGACAACCAAGUGGUCGUUGUUGUCGGUGAGACUGGUUCUGGAAAAACCACACAGCUCACACAAUUCUUGUAUGAGGAUGGCUACUGCACACAUGGAUUGAUUGGCUGUACUCAGCCUCGUCGUGUUGCUGCUAUGUCAGUCGCCAAGCGUGUCAGCGAGGAAAUGGAGUGUAAGCUGGGGUCGACCGUUGGUUACGCUAUCCGGUUCGAGGAUUGCACGUCAUCGGAAACAAAGAUCAAAUACAUGACAGAUGGUGUCUUACUCCGAGAAUCACUCAAUGAGGGAGACUUGGAUCGUUACAGUGUCAUCAUCCUUGAUGAAGCUCAUGAACGGUCACUCAGUACCGACGUUCUCAUGGGUCUUCUUCGCAAGAUUUUGUCUCGUAGGCGCGACCUUAGGCUGAUCGUUACCUCUGCCACUAUGAAUGCUGAAAAGUUCUCAAGCUUCUACGGAAAUGCUCCUACUUUCACUAUCCCUGGUCGUACCUUCCCCGUCGAGAUGUUCCACGCAAAAUCACCUUGCGAAGAUUAUGUUGACAGUGCAGUGAAGCAAGUACUGCAGAUUCAUCUGUCGUUACCUCCCGGAGAUAUCCUGGUCUUCAUGACUGGCCAAGAGGACAUUGAAAUUACGUGUCAAGUUAUCAAGGAACGUCUUUCGCAGCUGGACGAACCUGCCCCUCUCGCCGUUUUGCCGAUCUACUCGCAGAUGCCUGCCGAUCUGCAGGCGAAGAUCUUCGAACCGACAGCAGAUGGACGUCGAAAGGUCAUUGUGGCUACAAACAUCGCCGAGACAUCACUGACAGUCGACGGUAUUCUAUACGUGGUGGACGCCGGCUAUUCCAAGUUGAAAGUAUACAACUCCAAAGUCGGUAUGGAUGCUCUGCAGAUCACUCCUAUCAGUCAAGCCAAUGCGAACCAACGUGCGGGUCGUGCUGGACGUACUGGAAGCGGAUUCUGUUAUCGCCUUUACACCGAGAUGGCAUACCGCAACGAGAUGUUCGCUAAUAACAUCCCAGAAAUUCAACGAACCAAUCUUGCAAAUACAGUCUUACUUUUGAAGUCUCUUGGUGUCAAGAACCUACUCGAGUUUGACUUCAUGGAUCCCCCACCACAGGCGAACAUGUUGAAUUCCAUGUAUCAGCUCUGGGUACUUGGCGCGCUUGACAAUGUUGGUGAUCUUACGCCAGUCGGUCGCAAGAUGUCCGAAUUCCCUAUGGAACCGUCUAUGGCUAAGAUGCUCAUCGCUUCGGUGGAAUACAAAUGUUCUGCAGAAAUGUUGACCAUUGUUUCUAUGUUGUCUGUGCCGAGCGUCUUCUACCGACCUAAGGAGAGGAUGGAAGAAGCCGACGCUGCCCGGGAGAAGUUCAACGUUCCAGAGAGCGAUCAUUUGACUUUGUUGAACGUUUUCAACCAAUGGAAGAGUCAUGGUUAUCGCGACGAUUGGUCGUUGAAGCACUUCUUGCAUCCCAAGUUGCUACGCAAGGCUCGUGAAGUACGGGUACAACUCGAGGAUAUCAUGAAGUUCCAGAAGAUGGACAUUAUAUCCGCUGGGACAGACUUCGAUGUUAUAAGGAAGGCGAUUACUGCGGGUUACUUCCAUCAAGCUGCUCGAGUGAAGGGCAUUGGCGAGUUCGUCAACAUUCGUACCGGUCUGCCUACGCACCUGCAUCCCACCAGUGCAUUGUAUGGUCUCGGCUAUACCCCCACUUAUGUCAUCUACCAUGAGUUGAUCCUGACAUCGAAGGAGUAUAUGACUCAGGUCACAGCAGUUGACGCUUACUGGCUCGCCGAGCUUGGUUCUGUGUUCUACUCUGUCAAGGAGAAACACUUCGAUGAACGUGGUAACCGUCGGGUUGCUGACCGUGAAUUCUCAAAGCGAGCGGAACUCGAAACGGAAAUGGCAAGACAACGUGAAGAGACGGCCAAGAAGGCUGCUGAGGAAGCAAUAGCUGUGAAGACUUCAAAGGGUUCGUCUCAGAUCAUCGUGCCGGGUACACCCCGCCAUAUUGGCAUAGGGGCAGGAGCGAGAGUCACACAAACACCAAGACGAAGAGUAGGGAUCUGAGUGUCCUUGCAUAGAUGUAUGUUUGUAAUAUAUUGUUUGCCAAUCAACUGGUCCGGUGAAUGCGGGGAUCUUACAGUCGAGUUCUAUAUACUGUAUCCCAGCACCAAUAGACUUCCCUUCACUUUGCUCACUAGACAGAUUCCAACCUACGUUGUACGUUCGCGAUGAGCACCCAGUCAGGGUGUUAUCCCCUUCGUUCGUACCUCAACGGGUCCUGGGUCCUCGGGACUACCGCAGAAGGUAUAAUCGUUGAUUAGAACGCCUGAUUUCAUUGUAUGGAAGUUUCAAAGGCUUGGCCGCGCACUUCCUCGAGUUUCCUUCAGCC